UGGCUCACCCACCCAUCUGACCGUGUACUCUAAAACUCACUUUUCCCAACUCUUCAACAGAGAUUUUCUCUCUCUUUGCUGAAACUUAACUACUCAAAGUUAAUGUUAUAAUUAUUAUUUAUACUUUUGAAAGCUGGAUUUAUUUGACAUUGUGUUGUAUAGUUGGGAUGUUUAUUUUGUGUUUUAUACCUACUGGAUGUGAUUGUUUACUGUGAGGAUUUCUCACUCCUGUUGAGGUGCUUUGGGAUUGCAGCAACAAACCUGGAAUUUUUGGGAUAUUUGUUAAUUGUUUAAUUUAUAGACAUUUUGGCAAAAAGUUUUUGAGGAGUUUGAUUUUUUUUGUGGCUCAGAUGAAGAGUUAACAUCUCAAGUGCUGUGUGGGAUGUGGAGCGGAGAACGUCUUGUCAGCAGGAUGCGACUAGUGUUUUGGGUGCCGUUUUUCAUGGGAAUACUGGGAGCUGUAUUAGCACAGAAUGACAUUCAUUUCAAGACCAACCCAACCAACAUCACCUCUUCGCUCGGGAAGGACGUUGUGAUUCGUUGCUCGGUGAUUGGUGAUGGGGUGAUACCGGAUAUAGAGUGGCUGAGAGAUGGGGAAGCUUUGGACUUUGCCGACAUCAACCAGUUCCAGAUGCCACAUGAAGAAGAUACCUGGUUGGUCAUCAGCGAACUGAGAAUCCACUCACUACAGCUGUCAGAUGCAGGCUGGUAUCAGUGUUCGGUCUCUGGCGUGGAAAUCUAUUCUGAUACAGCAUACUUAAAACUGGAAGGUCUGCCGCUCUUUACCGAUGAGCCCCAGGACAUGCAUGUGAAUCCCAAUGUGCCCUUUAAUCUCAGCUGUGAUGCUCAUGGGCCCCCUGAACCUGUGAGCAUGAUAUGGCUGCAAGACGGGGUCCCCCUGAACUCCCUGGAUGAUGAACUGGCAUUGACGCCUUCGCUGCUUCAAGUGAGAGGUCUCAAUAAGUCCUCUACGUUUUCCUGCGAAGCUCAUAAUGAAAAAGGCGUCAGCACAUCAAGAACCGCAACUAUUAAAGUUCUACCCAGGAGACCAAAGGAACUGAGUCUGGUGACCAGGAGUACAACUCAGCUGGAGAUAUCGUGGCAGCCUGGGGAGAGCGGUGUUCACAAAGUGAAUGUGUGUACUAUACAGGCUACUGUCUCCCAGAACCACCACAGCCCUCUUCCCCACCACAAGAUAUACAAUCAGAACAUCAAUGUGCCCCCAUACAGCCAUGUAAUCAGUGGCCUGACCCCCUUCACCAUGUAUAACGUCCGUGUGGCCUGCCUAAGCAGUGAAGGGGUGUCCCACUGGACAGACUGGGUUGACAUGGAAACCAUGGAAGGAGUUCCAUCUGGUCCCCCUGAAAAUAUAACUGCAACAAAGAACGAGACUGUUACGUUUGUGACGUGGAGAGAGCCAAGAGCAGCAUUAAAUGGAGUAUUACGAGGGUACAAACUGGCAUAUCAAACCAAGGACCAACCUGAGGUUGUGAUGGAUGCUGGGCUGACCAAUGAAGUAACACUGGAGAUUUUGCAUCCUGUGGAUAACCUGACAGUCCGGAUAUCCUCCUACACAGUUGCCGGGGAUGGCCCAUGGAGUGACCCAGUAGUUGCUUCAGUCUUAAGUUAUGAUAUAAAUCCAGCUGAAGCUGUCAAAGAUAGUCCGGCAUCUGUCUUCUCCUGGCACUGGUGGUACGUGUUGCUUGUUGUUGCUGUGGCAAUUUUUGGUGCCAUCAUAGUCGCUGUGUUUUUGGCACGCCUUCGAAAGAAGGAAACACGAUAUGGAGAGGCCUUUGUGCCAACUGUGGAGCAGGGAGAACUCGUGGUCCGUUACAGAGUGAGAAAGUCUUACAGCCGCAGAACCACGGAAGCUACUUUGAACCGGCUGGGAAUUAGCGAUGACCUUAAAGAGAAGCUCCGAGACGUUAUGGUGGACCGGCACAAAUUGACACUUGGCAAGACCCUUGGGGAAGGAGAGUUUGGCUCUGUCAUGGAGGGACAAUUAAAUCAAGAUGACUACAUCCUGAAGGUGGCCGUAAAGACCAUGAAGAUCGCUAUCUGCACCCGCACUGAGAUGGAAGACUUUCUGAGUGAGGCCGUCUGCAUGAAAGAAUUUGAUCAUCCAAAUGUCAUGCGUCUUCUUGGGGUGUGUCUGCAGAAUACAGAGAACGAGGGCUACCCAUCUCCUGUGGUCAUUUUACCCUUUAUGAAACAUGGGGACCUGCACAGCUUCCUCCUGUACUCGCGGCUGGGAGACGCCCCCCUGUACCUGCCAACGCAGACGUUGGUGAAGUUUAUGACCAAUAUAGCAAGCGGUAUGGCAUAUCUAAGCAGCAAGAACUUCAUCCACAGAGAUCUGGCUGCCAGGAAUUGCAUGUUAAAUGAGAACAUGAAUGUCUGCGUGGCAGAUUUUGGUCUGUCCAAGAAAAUCUACAAUGGAGAUUAUUAUCGGCAAGGUCGGAUUGCCAAAAUGCCAGUCAAAUGGAUUGCAAUAGAGAGUCUGGCUGACCGUGUCUAUACAACCAAGAGUGAUGUGUGGUCCUUUGGAGUCACCAUGUGGGAGAUCGCAACAAGGGGCCAAACGCCUUAUCCUGGGGUGGAGAACAGUGAAAUUUAUGAUUAUCUGAGACAAGGGAAUCGACUGAAGCAACCACCGGAUUGUCUGGAUGGACUGUACGAGUUAAUGUCCAGUUGUUGGCAUUUGAAUUCCAAGGACCGGCCAUCCUUUGAAACACUCUAUGGAGAACUGGAGAAAAUUCUCAAGAAUUUACCCCCAGCCAAAGACCCUGAAGAGAUUCUCUAUGUAAAUAUGGAAGAGGCCCACUCCACUUCCUUCAGUGAUGAUGGUGAACUUGGAGCUGUGGGUGGCUUGGAUGCCAAGGAUUUCAUAGAGGACAUUUUCUCAAAGGCCAGCACUAUCCCUGCAGAAGUUCACCAGCCAGAGAGCACCAUUCGGUAUGUCAUGUGCCCAAGACGUGAGCACACAAGGCUAUCCAUGGAAAAUCUGCGCUACAGCGCUGCAUUAGAAGAUGGGACAUUGGAAGAACUCUCGGCUGGCUUAGGAUCCAGAUAAUAAACAGUAGCCAGAUGACGUUUGUGCUAACAAGGCUUAGCGUCUCAACAUUGUGUUUCUACCAUACAGUACUUUCCACAGAGUUCUAGUCUUCACUUAGCUUUCUUACUAGCCUCUUAACCAACUCGGUGAACAUUCCCCUUCCAUAUAAAGGCAUUUACAUAGCAAAACAUAUCACUGGUCUUCUGACUUUAAAAGGAGUCUCCUGUUCCAGUCCACUGAGAUAACAUUUGUGCUAAAUAGGAGCCACAAUAUCCCAGUGUGUUAUGGGAAUAUAGACAUGUGACCAAAGACCAAGUGUGACAUCUGAGCAGCCAUAACAACAAUGUCCUGUGAAUGGCUUGACAAGUCAUUAAUAAUAUGAUACAACUAUGUAAAUUUAUUUUUUUGUUAGCACAGAAACUAUCAACAGACUCAGAGCAUUCCUUUAAUGAAUUGAAUGGUUACUGGAUGGUGAUGGAGCAGCCAUACUUCUUUACAAAGUCCAGUGCACAACAAGGACAGGCCUCCAUCUUGGUCUGACAACGGGUUCCACCACUCUCAUCAGUCAUUGCUUCUAAGGGUCAUUUUCCAUGCUGUGUAGAAAUGUUUUAUGUUCUCUUGGUCUCACCUCAGUCCUAGUUAUUGUGUUGGGCAUCAAGAAAUGCUUGUGUCCCUGUGGAAUAUAUUUCUAUUUGAGUCUUUGGAAGGAGUUAUCAAGCUCUAUUUUAGGAAUUUCGUGAGACACGUUUCUUUGAGAACAUCACACACUGCUGUAUUUUUAUCUUCAUAUUGCUUCAUCUGCUCUCUUGAGUUUUUCACGCAGCCCCAAGUGCAGGAAAAUAAGGGAUGUAAAAUAGGUUUGCUUGAAACAUGCCAUGAUUGGCUCCCAUCUUUUAUAUUUGAGCACUUUGUGUAGCACCCCAAUUCCACUUCUAGGGAGCAAAGCUGUUUCAUGUAGCCCGGUGUCUAGGGAUUGGAGCAUUUCCUCAGUCCGUCUCAGAUGUAUGUGGCCUAUACUGUAACUCCAUGCUCACAAAUGUCUAGUCAUUUUAUUUAGUGCACAUUACCAUGACAGUUCCGGAACACUGUGAUAAAUGGAACAUAUAAGAAUGCUGAUUCAUGUACAGGUAUGUCAUCUAUGAUCUAGAAUACCUGGACUAUUUUGUCAGUAGUUUGGAGAGAACCAUAUCUGAAAUAAUGUAAUUAUAGUUACAUACAGUCUAUCCCUGUCUUUCUCCCUAUUGUCCCUGCAUUCAUUUAUUAAUGAUAUCAUUAAGCAGCACUCCUCACCAGGGGCGUAUCUAGAGAGAAGGGUACCCGUGUGCAGUCUCCGGUUGUGGGCCCCCUCCUUUCCCAUCCUGUAGCCGGCUGCAGCGCUGUUAGCGCUCUGUCUGAGCACUAGAGACUCUGGCACGGCGUCCAUUUUUCUGGAGACCUACGGAUGCGCUGUAGACUCUGGCACUGUGCCAAAGUCUCUAGUGCUCAGACAGAGCACUAACAGCGCUGCUGCGGCUGCCGGCUACGGGACUCGGGAGAGGAGGGGUAGUGUCUAGUUUCCCUUCGUGGAGAGGACCUUUCCCAUAACCCCCUGGGUCCAUGUCACAAACUUCAGUAUUUGGAAUAGUAAUCUGUGGCGAGCGAAGCGAGAUACCGAGCCCGAAGUGUGGCGAGUCCGCGAGGGUCCAAUGGUGCAUAGAAAAGACCCAAAACCCUCAAACGAAUGGAAAACGGAGAAAACAUUUAGGUGCUGUAAGGGUGGAAGUUCUCUCCUGCCCUCUCGUUAUGUCACUUCCAGGUCCUGAUCACGAAGGUAACAUAGACACAACCGGAAAGGAGGGGGCCCACACCUGGACACCAGAAAGGUAAGUAUAGAAGAAAUGGGUGCAGUGUGUGCGGUCUGGGCCCCCUCUGAACCCAAGGGCCCGUGUGCAUCGCACACACUGCACCCAUUAUAGAUACGCCACUGCUCCUCACAUAUAUCUCUGUGUAUAUCAUAUAUGUUCUCUGUGUAUAUCAUAUAUGUUAUCAUUCAACAGCAGUAAUAAUAAUUUAAUAUUUGUCCUGUUUUUGUUACCUCGCAUUAAGAACAUUUUGGGUAAUGAAUAUCAGGAUUUGUAGAUUCCAUACUUGUGAUAAUUGCUAGAAUUUAUUAAGCUAAAUUUGUUGAGUUGCUGAUGGCUAUUUACUAACUUUGCUCAUAUAGUAUAGAGUCUAGACUCAACUGUAGCAACCUAUGAGACUAUGGUUUCCGUGAAGACAUGCACCCGUGACCCACAUCCAGCAUUAGUAAAUAACCCUCAUUGGGGUCGAUUCUAUUCGGCAACUUAAGAAUAGCGCCGGGAAUUAGCUCCCGACGCUAUUCAAUUCAGCUGCUAGUGACCCGCAAUUGUCGGGAAUUCUUCUCUCAUCCCCGGGGGAUGAGAGAAGAAACCCGACAAAAGUGCUGCCUCGCGGCCGGCGCGAGGCUGAUUCUGUCGGGAAUCAGCAUCGCCGCGGGUAGUUAAGUCGGAGAAUGCCCGUUCUCCCGACAAAACUACCUGUUAAGUCGGCGAGAACGGGACAUCGCCGACUUAACUGGAGCUGAAUUGAAUAGCGUCGGGAGCUAAUUCCCGGCGCUAUUCUUAAGUUGCCGAAUAAAAUCGACCCCAUUGUCUCACUAUUCACAAAAAUAGUCUGCAGCAUUUGUUCAUUAAUAAUGAUUUGAAUAGAAAUGUAAUCCCUUUAUCCUGAGCUCGUCCUGUUAUGUACAGUAGAUAUGAGUAGCACUUUAGCAAUCAGCUUGUACCCUACCUAUUAUUGUAACUGCACAGAGAAUUGUGUUGCACUAAUGUAUAUUCACUUUUGAUAUAAUAAUAUUCUGCUGCAUUUAGGGAGUUAGAAUGUGGAACUACUUUUUAUUUAUUUCCAAUAGUCAGUGACAGGUGGGACAUACUCUGUUACUCUGUAAGGGUGAUUUAGAGAUGGACGCACAGCUUAUAUAGGCGCACUGCGUAAAGUGUGUCGCACAGCCCAUGAGUAGAACUUGUACCAGCAUUUUGAGUUUCACGUAUCUUAACCCUUGUGUACCCGUUCACUUAGAAAGGCGGAUUAGAUUCAGGGAUGAUCACGUGCAAGUACAACACAGCAGGGGUGAGCAGGCACUAGUGAGUGAUGCCCUUUUCAUACUCAACUUACAUAUCUUGUGUUACACAAGUGUUUUACAUACCUACCUUAGUAAGAGUAAACUCUGUGACAACACCAGAUGGGUGCAGUCUAAUGAGUAUACAGCCAUGUAUCAUUACACCCUUCUGUCUGUAUAGCCCUGCAGCGGGCGGUGACCUGUUCCAUGUCUUAUAUCUCCCUUUUGUCAUUAUUACAUAUUUUAUUUGAAAUGCAUGUAACACCAGCUAGGUGACACUGCCAUGCGCCCCCCUUUGUGUACAGUAUUUCUUACCACUUGUCCCCAUUUAUCUCCAUUUAUUUGAUGAUUACAGCCAGGACUGCACUGCCUACAGGUACAAUCACUAACAGACAAUGCCUCCCCCCAAUAUGUAGCAGUGACACAGGAGGGCUAAUGUCGUUACAGGAAAGGGAAAGCCGCAGCCGCCUCACAGCUUAUUGUACCACAUGCUGUAUAUACGUACGGUACGUCAUAGCUGUCAUACUGGAUACCAUGGUACGGAGACCCACAGCACUCAGUGGUCACACUCAUCAGUAUAAUAGCACUGAGCAUAUGCAGAGUACAGUAGCUUUGGCAAUGGUACUGUUGGCCUCUUAAGGCGGCCAUUUUGUACUGUGCCUUUAUGCAUAGGGGUGCAGACAGUGAAGUCAGUGAUGUCACAAGCUCCCAUUGGUCAGAUGGUUCAUCCUACAAAAUGGCAGCUUGCGUUGCGUGAAGGCAACAGCUCCACUGCCAGAGCAUUAUUGCAUAGCUGAUAGAAUUCUGUAUCACAUUCCACUAGCAGGAUCUUAUAUCAGUUAAAAGUGACUGAAAUCUGAUUAAGAAUUAAUACUUUUAAGACAAUACAGGUGUGAGAUCUAUUAGAUGAAAUGACUGACUACCAAUUAAGGGGUCUUAGCAGAAUUUGGCGUUCAUUUCUGCGUUAGAUUGUGUAGCAGAGCUCCUCAGAGUAACUGAGAAAAGUUUCCUAACACUUCUAAAGUAAAAGUAGAUUUGUCGCCCAGAGCUACCAAUCAGGUUCUAGGUCUCAUUUUUCCAAAAUCUGGUAAAUAAAGGAUAGAAUCAAUUUUUAGAGAAUCUACCCCAAACUGAACUUGUACUAUUUAUACAGUAUGUGACAAAAUCACUAAAAUGCAGCAAUAUACUUUUUAUUGUAUUUUGGAACUUUCUAGAUAUGUCCAGAUCUCAUACGUGUAUACAGUAUCUUUGUGUGAAGAAACCUCUUUGGGACAAAGUGACAUAUUUACGUUACCGAUAGAAUCGCCCAUGUCAGGAUAUUCUAGUUACUUGUUAAAAAGUCAAUUUUGUUACAAAUGUAUAUACAUAUUUUUUGUAUCUAAAAUGAAAUAUAUAUUUCUGUACACUUUGCUGAUAGAAAAGCUCGAAAAAGUCAAAUAAAUGCUUAUUUUUUAAUCA